ACCAUCACAAGGAAACAUGUGAUGGACGGUAUCAGAAAUGAGUCCGACCGGUCGGUGUCAGUCCUGGCACCGACGGGGCCAACCAACAACCCGUCUAGGGACUUGUUCAUCACCUCUCAUGCAAAGCGGGAGCGAACCCGAGGCGUGGUUGUUCGCGUUUGCUUGGAAUUACUUCAUCGUUGGCUGGUGCGCUGCCUCAACUAAUACAUCCAGUCAUGCCGCCAUCCGCUCCUCACUGGCUACGUUCCAGGAAUAGCAGCGUAACCAAACACAAUCGCCGACGUAUCGCUGGAGCCAAGCUCGUCACGCCUAGGCAGGGCCGCCUUUGGAUUGGCUGCGCGCGGCCUGCAUCUAUCCUAGGGGAAUUCGCGACCGCAACUCCCUUGGCACGCAGGCUUUCAGCUUGCUCAACUGCCCUUCCCACUCGUCCCUGUUUCUGUCGCGUGCUCGGCUGCUUGGUCUUCCGUUUGGCUGUGGCUGCUUGCAUCAUCGCCGACCUACGAUCACGGGACAGGCUCGCCUUUGGGGCGAAGGAGGCUUCGCAGCGAGCCUCAGCCACAAGCGGCCGCCCAGCUCAUAUUACCAAGCCCGAUCCCUCGACCGUGAUAGGAGAUGCCACUGCCAAUAGAUAUGCGCCAGAGAGCCUGUUUCUUCUGAUAGAUUCGUUCUCGGUUUAGGGACUCCGGAUCGCUCGCACGCCCCGUCAGCAGCCAGACGCCUCGUCAUCGACUCAUAGUCCAAGGCGGCUGGGGGCGGUCACCUG